GGUAUUUCCAGCUUUGUGGCUUUCACUUCCACAUCUCUAGGUGGGCGGAGUGGCCUCCUGUGGACGAAUCAGAUUCCUCCCCUGCACCAACUUCAAGUAAUGAGCCAGGGUUCAGGGUCCCAGACACGCAGGCGGCAGCAGCAGCAGCAGCAGCAGCAGCAGCAGCGGGAGCUGUGGGGAAGACCAGAGUCCAGAGCCAUGGAAGACCAGCGUGACCUUAUCUCCAACCAUGAGCAAGUGCCCAUGCUGGGCCAGCGCCCUAGAGCCACGGAGAGCAACUGCAGCCGUGGAGCACUGUACACAGGCUUUUCCGUCCUGGUGGCUCUGCUCCUGGCUGGCCAAGCCACCACCGCCUACUUCCUGUACCAGCAGCAGGGCCGUCUGGACAAGCUGACGGUCACUUCACAGAACCUGCAGCUGGAGAACCUGCGCAUGAAGCUUCCGAAGCCUGCCAAGCCUGUGAGCAAGAUGCGGAUGGCCGCCCCCCUGAUGAUGCAGGCCCUGCCCAUGGAAGGCCUGUCCCAAGGGCCCACACAGAAUGCCACCAAGUACGGAAAUAUGACACAGGAUCACGUGAUGCACCUGCUCCUGAAGGCUGACCCCCUGAAGGUGUACCCGCAGCUGAAGGGGACCUUCCUAGAGAACCUGAAACACCUUAAGAGCACCAUGGAGAACCCGGACUGGAAGGUCUUUGAGAGCUGGAUGCAUUACUGGCUCUUGUUCGAAAUGAGCAAGAACUCUCAGGAGAAAAUGCCCACUGAGGCUCCGACAAAAGAGCCACUGGAAAUGGAGGACCCGUCUUCUGGGCUGGGUGUGACCAAGCCGGAACAGGGCCAAGUCAUCAUGUGAGGACAGCGGAGGCAGUCUCCAGCACUCAGCCAGCCCGCAUGGCCACAGCUUUCUUGCUCCCCUCUGCCCCAGUCCCAGCCCUCCCCCUCCCCUUACACCCCCACACCCCCUCUCAGCCCACACCUCAUUCCAUGAGACCCUGGUGCCUGUUUCUCCAUCUUCCUUGGAUGUGACAAGUGGAGUCUGAACAGCACAGAUAAUGAUGGAGGAGGUCCCUGCUGCCCACCCCCCAUCUGUCAACAGGGACUUGAGGCCUAAGAAGGUGGGCCAAAAGCUAAGCAGACCCGUUUCUGACAUCACAGCAGCCUCCAACGUGGGUUUCCAAGAUCUAAGCCCAUGGACAAAGUGCGAAGGCACAGGGAGAUGGGACAAACCUGCCCCUAAACCCCAGGCUGACACAUUUGCUGUCUUCUCCCCUGAUGGCCUUUGGCCUCGGCUUUUUCAGCCCAUUUACCUGGGGGAAGAGCCACUCUCUUCCCUUCCCCAGCAUCACUCCCCAGGAAGAACCCAGCCUCUCCCCACUUCCUGCCAGCCCCCGUUCCCUGUGCUUGGCCAAGCUUGUCAUCAGCCCUCAUGGCAUGGCUCAUGUAAGAAUAAAGGGUAGUGAGUAGAACA